UUUGUGUUUCCAACAGAGAGUCGUUGCCAGACUUCCCCAUCAUCAUGAAGAAAGCAGUUGUGAUAGUGCUCAUGGCAGCUGCUGUACUGCUGGUCGUUGCUCAUCCCCAGAGGCAGUCAGGGGGGUCGUCUUCCUCAUCAAGGGGAAACAGUGGUCGCCCGAAGCCUUCUGGUCCUCAGGGAGGGGGAAAUAGUACCGGCCCUGGUUCUGGGUUCCCUCCGUCUGGUUGGAACGGUACCCGUCCUGACGAUGGUGCUGGUCCGUUCAACGGUACCCGUCCUGACGAUGGUGCUGGUCCAUUCAACGGUACCCGUCCUGACGAUGGUGCUGGUCCGUUCAACGGUACCCGUCCUGACAAUGAUUCCCGUCCGUCUAGAAGAAACAGUACCCGUCCCGUCCAAAGUGGUUAGCUUACUACUUGUUACACAUCCAGUAGGCAGAGUGUACCAUCUGUACCCUCACGUUGGUACACUUCUUGACUACCCACCACCUGUAGACUAUCCACCACCUGCUGACGACCUACCACCUGUUCAAGAUCCACCAGCCUGCCACCUUUUGACGACCUACCAUCAGUUGAGGAUCCAACUGCCCACCAGCUUUUGACCUACCACAUGUUGAGGAUUCACCUGCCCACCACCUGUCAACGUCCCACCUGCCCACCACCUGUCAACGUCCCACCUGCCCACCACCUGUUGUCUCACGUCAUCAAUUAUCUCAACACAUACCAACAAAUUUAGAUUAUGAACAAGAACUGAGACAUAUUAAAUAUGAAUAAUGAAAAUAUUCAAGUAAUGAAGGUGGCAGGACAGAAUUAACAUAAAAAUAAGGAAUCAAUAAAGUUAAUUAGAAUAAAGAAUGAGUAAUUAUCUAAAAAUGUAAUUAGUAAAAAUCAACAACAGCCUGAACUUAUAUUACAACCAUAAUAAAGAAAAUAUUGAUAUGAUUCGGUAGUGACACGCAAUUCUCAAUCAGGAAUCUUUCAAUUAUUCUAUCAAUCUCAGUUGCUGUUAGAUGUCUUUAUUCUAUCUCCAUUAAUAACUUCACUUCCAUUAACUGCCUUCCUUGUUCUACAUAUAUGCUUUAGAUUUUUCAAUAAUAAAUUUGCUUUUAGUAGGUAUAAU